AAGCUGCAAAUUUUCAGCCUCUUCUCCUUCUAAAAAGAAACUUUUAUCUCUUUUCACUAUUUCUCUCUUACUAAAUUCUAUCAUGAAUCAAGCCUCGACAGCGGAUACUAUCAAAUUCCUGUACAGUUACGGAGGUCGAAUUGUUCCCGGAUCGACUAAAGGGCGUGACUGCAUGCUACUACGCUAUGAGGGUGGUCAUACUAGAGUCCUCGCAGUCGAUCGGUCCAUUUCAUUUGCAGAGUUGAUGGUGAAAUUUGGAGACUCGUGCGGAUGUUUGGUGGAUCUAAAGUGUAAAUUACCGAACCAUGAUUUGGAUGAGUUGGUUUCAAUCAAAUCCGACCAAGAGCUUAAGGCUUUGAUAGAAGAGUACGAUGGAGCUUCCCCGGGAGAGAAAAUCAGAGCCGUUUUGUUUCCUAUAUCCGUAAAGAAAAUAUCUCCUCCGUCUUCUCCGAUUUCAUGUUUCGAUUUUCCCUCUGGACGCCCCGUGGCUCGAUAUUCUGCGGUCGGAAAAUCGAAAUACCAUUGCUAUGAAGGAAGGGGUCGUCGACAUUUGCACUUUUUGACUCGAUCGAAUUAUCCCCAUUUUCAUUAGUAGAGAGGAAAAAGAAGAAGUUAGCAGCAGUAUUUUAUGUCUGCAAGUACAGUGUUUUUUUUUUUUUAAUGAAUCAGAAUACAAAUUGAACUAUAAACUUGUGUUGUGAUUGGAUAGAAUACAGUUUCAUUCAAUUUUGAUGCUGAGAUUUGUUAUCAAUGGAGUAGGCAGAAUUCCAAUAU